UUUUUUUCAAAAAAGUUUUUUUUUCCUUGUCCUUUUUUUUCCUUAGUGAAUCUAAUUGGAAGUAAACGAAGAAAGUGCGAAACGAAAAUCAACUUUAACCAAGCGAAACGACGAAAGUUAAUGAGAACAGAGAAGAUAAUUAUAUGAUGAAAAGUUAACUUGAUUGUGACAAUGACCAUGGAUAAAGUUUAUCAACACCGUCCAUCAGGUUUAACAGGAGCAACAGCAACAACCACAACAGGUAUCACAUCAACUAGACCAAUACACUCCAUUGGUCUGUCUCUUAACGGAAGUGUCAACUCACUUGUUAACAGUCCAAGUUCACUAUCAAGAUUACCUCAACGGAGAGAGUCUAAAAUACCUGGUCCAAAUAGCCAAGGAUCACCUGGAUGUGUUCUCAAUGGAAUAUCUUCAACAUCUUGCCAGCCAACACUGUCUUCCAAUUGUUCAUCAACACCAGCAAUUGCUCCUCCAAAAAAAUUUCUUAAUCCUCCAAGUAAAUUAUUGUCAUCUAAUCAAGUAACCAGUUCAACAGCAAAUGGAACUGAGUCUAGUUUAAGGUCAGUUUCACCGGCAACAGUGUUUAAAUGUAAAUCAACUACAUCUCAUUUAAUCGUGCCUUCUUCUCAAAUGCCUCCAACAUCUUCAUCGUCAAUGACAACAAUGAUAUCUCCUGCAUCUUCAUGCGUCACUAGUUCAGUUCAAAAUAGCACCACUACAAGUGCUACUUGUAAUGGUAAUAACAGUGAAACUAGUAGAGGGAUUAGGCCACCUCGAUCUGCAUCCUCUAUGUCAUCAAAUGUUUUACCAUCCAAUGGUUCUAUGUCAACAGGUAAAUCUACUCUAACAGUAAGCCGAUCUCAUAUAACUAAACAUUCAGUGAUCAAUAAUGGAUUAGCAACGGUUGGUCGAUCAGGAUCCAUUCAGGGUCACCAUCGAUCUGUAACUUUGAGAGAAUCUAAAGAUGACAGAGAAGCUCCCCGUCGAUCCAAGACUCCAUCCUCCUCCUCUUCACCCUCUACUUCAGGUACUCUUCGUAGUAAUAACAAUGGCAGGUUAACAGCGGGAAACCUGACCAAUGGACUCAAUUGUAAUCGAAGUGAUUCAACGCCAAGUCUCUCUGAAACUGAUUCGGGAUCAGAGAAGAAGAAAAUAACUGGCAAUAAUAAAAGUUUAAUUCGGUCCAACUUUGGUAAAGGUCUAGGAGGGGGAGUGGGUGGUGGUAGCAGUCAAAGCAUUCCUUUACCCAAGUCUAGACCAAACUCAGUGUGCCUUGAUAACUCAACCAUAACCAGUUCACAAUCUUCAACACCAGUAAUAACUUCAUCUACUACAGUUUCAUCUGUUAACGGUACAAAUACUGUUUCCAAAGGAACCAAAAGUAGUCUAAGACCACUUUCAUCAUCAGGAAUACCCAAAACAGGAUUAUCUAGCUGUUACCGUGGUGAAAGACCAAAUCCAAGUACAAGUGAAGACCAUAGAACUGAUACUGUUCAAAGACGUCGACGAGUUGUGACUAAUGUUGAAUCACAUCUUGCACCAACUCGAUCAGAGCCAAAUGUUGCCAGAGUUUCACCGAUUCGUCGAUCGAUUGGUCAAAUUGGCAAUGGUGACAGUGUAACUAGUCGUCCAGGAUCAGGUUUAAAAGAGGAUAACCAUCAACAGUCAAAACAGCAACAUCAUCAAUAUAGUCCUGGUGACAAGAUGGAUCAAGAUAACUACAGUUCUACCGGAUUAGCUGGACGUAAUGUUGCAUCAAAAUCCUCUUCAAGUUCAAAUGUCACUUCUAACGCAAUGGUGCCAUCAUCAAUCAGUUCCCCAACUCCCUUAUCAUCUGCAUCAACAACUUCAUCGUCUUCAUCAAUAAUAGCAACAUCGUCAACUCCAUCAACAACUGUAACAACAACAGUGACAACAACAUCAACCUCAUUUCAUCCAACAUUAAUGCAUCAACUGCCCUUGGGCUUAUCUUCCGUUAACAGGGCUUCAGAGCCAAUGUUGCCAAUUAGAUCAAUAUCAACAGCGGCAUCAUCUAAUACAGUUUCGACUUUGAAAUCAGUGAUGGAAGAAAGCUUACCGGUAAAAGCAAGGUCAAUACUGUCUUUAUCAUCACCAUCAUCUCCAACUAAUCCAUCAGUUGAUAAUAAAGAUGCUUACCCACAAAUCAAAACAAUUGAUUUAUCUGGUAAUAUAUUAUCUUUCCUAGACUCUUCAACUCGUACAAUUAGCAGUAGCUGUGAUCUUAUUAGUACAUCAACUCGUUGUGAUAGCAAUAAUCGAUCAUCAGGUUCACUCUCAUUGUCAUCAGGUAACUUUAAUUCAAACAUUACGGAAUCUAGUCACUCGUAUUCAAAUGGUUUCAUGUCUCCAGUUUUGGAAGAUGAAAGAUCCAGUCCUAGCCGAGAAUCAAUUGAAUCUCCUUUUGAAUCACCAUUUAACCAAACAGUUAUAGAUAAGUCUAAACCAUCAUUGACAAAUAUCCCAUCGUCACCUACAAUUAACGCAAGUUUAAACACUGACCAACAAGUAAACAAAGUAAAUGAAAACGGUACAACCUUUUCCAUGAUUAAUUCUAGUUUUAACAACAAUUCCACCACAACCGUGUCUUCAUCAGCAAAUUUAAUUAACAAGGUUAACCGUCGAAACAAGUGUAUCCUACCAAGUGAAGCCGAAUUAAGUUUAAAAACUGAUCUUAGAUUACAAAACAAUGGAUUAACCAGCUGUGGAUCUAUUAUGGAAUUAAACUCAAAUGGAUCCAAUAUAAUAUCCACAACACCCCCGCCACUUUCAACCCUUCAACUAGCUCCCCCACCACCUCCAUUAAUCCUACAAUCAUCUUUAACAAAUCAAGUUAAAAGAUUAUCCAAAAAUGGCGAAUUUCGAGGAUCAACAAUAUCUCUACUUUCUGGUUCCUCAUCAUUUUCUGCGACUGAAGAGAGACAUAACCAAGAAAUGAAAAAACUUCGAGAGGAAUUGAAUCGAGCUAACAAUAAAGUGGAAACCUUGAAUCAACAGCUCAAGAAUAGUAAUGAUAUGAUUCAAACUUUUGGUAAAAGCUUGGAAACUCUUCGUUCACGGCUACAUCAAUGUUCACUGGCGACUGAUCAAAAAGAUAGGGAAAUUGCUAGACUCAAGACAACAAUUGAAGUUCUUCGACGAGAAUGCGCCAAUGGAGAAUCAACUGGAGCUAAUCAGUCUUGUUACGGUUCAAAUUCCGAUAUUGAGACACGACGUGAUAAAAAUAAAAAGCGAUCUCAUAAAGAACCACGAUCUCCUUCACGGGAUCGUGAUGGUAUCAAUUCAGGAGAUUCUGGUCCAUCUGGAUGGUUUAAGGGUUCAAUUCAACGUGCAUUCAAAAAGAAUCGAUCUAGAAACAAAUCAGGAGGCUCAAUGUCGGACGUUGAAGGAACUAUACGAUUAAACAAUGGUGGCGAUUCAUCCUCUUUACCCUCUACCCCAUUAACAUUAAAUAACUGCAGCAAUGGUAAGACUGACCCGUUUAUCGGAUUAAACUUAGCAACUGCAAAUGGUACAACUGUUAAUGGCUCCUUAGAUUCAAUGGUGAAGGAGGAAAGUGAAUUAAUUGAAGAUUUAAAGAAACAAUUGAGAGAAAAGGAGAAACAAUUGAAUGAUAUUAGAUUGGAAGUCCUUUUAACAGCAUCUCAAACUGAAUCACUCAAUGAUAGAAUGUGUAAAAUGAAUAAAGAAAUGUCUCUUUUGAGGAGUGAAAAUCACCGAUUGCAAUGCCUUCUUCGACGACAAUCAAUUACAUCGUCAAUUGGUUCAUUAACAAGUUGCUUUGAGGGAACAUUAUCUUGUAAUGUUAAUGGUAAUCCUAAUGGUGCACCAGCUUCAUGCUCUUCUUCCUCAUCAAAUGGUUCUUCAGCUGCAAUUGGAUUUGGUAUCGAAAGAAAAAUACCAAUAAGAUUGGGCAUGAAAAGAAUUGGUCUUUUAACAGUCAACAAUCAAAUUACUUGGGACAUUCUUGAUGAAAUAAUACGACGAGCUUUUGAUUCAUAUUUACGUAAAAUUGAUGCUGAAAGACUUGAAAUGCGCUCAAUCAGUUUAAUUUCAUACUCAUUUGGAAGCGAACGGUUCGAGCGUAAAUUGUCUCUAGACAAAGGAUCGUCAUCACCUUUAACAUCCUUGCCUUCUCCAAUCGACUUUUUAUCCCGUAAUAACUACAUAAGCCUUUACCUUCGUUCAAAACUGGAUUACCUGAUUAUGGAUACUUGUACGCCUAAAUCAGUUUUAGAAAAGAUCACUUCUCAUUUGAAAGAAUCGAGGCGUUUAAUCAUUUGUGGUCCACCCAAUUGUGGUAAAUCAUUUAUUGCCAUGAAAUGUUGCCAAUUUUUACUCGAAGAGUAUUGUAUGGAUUGCGCGACCGGAAUUGCAAGCAUUUCAGUUCGAGAAAAUAGUGAUAAAGAGAUUGAAUGUUUCAUUUCCAAUGUAUUAAAUUGCGAUGAGAUUGCUCGACCAAAAGCAAUCGUGUUCAAAGGAAUCCAUAAUUUGGCCAAUUUUGCUUCAUUGAUGAAACCUAUUCAUGGAAUCCACUCGAAUGAUCUUCCCUUACUUUUAUGUACAAUGAGAGGUGUCAAUAAUUGCACAACGAAUCUGCAAAUAUAUCAUAAUUUCCGAAGUGUUAUUUAUAAUCAAUCAAGUGAACCUUGUAAAAAUUUGUUAUCUCGAGUUUUAAGGAAAAAAGCUGUUGAUGCUGAGAUUGAUGCCUUAAUCCAUGGAUCCUCUUAUAAUUUUAAUUCUCUCUCUGUGAUUAUUGACUGGUUUCAACAAUUAUUUCACCACUUAAACCUAUUUCUUGAAGCCUUUUCGUCACCAUUAACUCCUCACAAUCUAGGACCAUCUGUAUUCUUUUCAUGUCCCUUGGAUAUUGAAGCAUCUCAAGAAUGGUUCAUAGAUACUUGGAAUCAUACAAUUGUGCCUAAUGUUAAACAAAUUGUUGAAAAUUAUUCUUCUGAGGCAGUUGAAACUUCCUCUCCAAUGCAAGAUCCUUUGAUUUGGGUUAAAGACAAUUACCCUUGGAUUGAAAACAAGGAGCAUCUUCAUAAAUUGUCACCAAUUAUUGUUAAAAAUGAUGGAUCAGGUUGUAAACCUAAAGUUGAUUCAAUUACGGAUCAAUUGCAUAAUACUUUAUUGCGACUUCAAGAAGUUACUAAAGGAUGAACUAGCUUGGUUUGAAAUUGAUGAACAAUAACUCAUUCCAUUUAAAGUGAAACCAAUUUGGAAAUUGACAAAGUUUCAAUCAUUCCAAAAGAUUUAGGAAAAUGGUUCCUCAAAUUUUAGGAAUACUGAUCGAAACGUAGAUCAUUUCAACCAUGUGUGUUCAGUAUUUUACAAAUUGACAUCCAAGAUUAAUGUAAAGACGAUCGACUCUUGUCAAAAUACAUUGUUAACUCUUUUAAACUGAAAUUUCGCUCUCCAUCAUCUGUAAAAAUAUGAUUGAUUGAGCGCUACGAAUAAAAAAAAUUGUAAAUAAACACAACUUAUUUAUCCAAA